AUGGAAGCGCGGUUUCCGGCGCGAGCGUUCGUGCAAACCUUCGAUGAGAUUCCCGAGGACUACAAGGAGCUCGUGGUGGAACUUCGUGGCCGCGGAGUGCCCGUCGAGUUGCGAACGACCGAGAGCAUGCUGUCAGAGCCGCUUCCGCUGACCAAAGAUGAUUUGGUCGUGGGCGAUUUCGACUGGACUCGGACGGCCCUGAAGCAACUGGGGAUACCCAUGCCGCAGCC